AUGGAUGUACCAGAAGGGAAUGGAAACCCUUUGGGACAUGGACUCGGUCGAGCUAGGCAAACUCGACCGAUUGGUCAAGGAGAUGCUCCAAACCGCCACCAACAGAGACAAGGGAUUGUUCCACCACCAGUGCAGAACCACAACUUUGAGAUCAAGCUGGGAAUGAUCAACCUUGUCCAGAACAAGAUGUUCCAUGGAUUGCCAAGUGAAGACCCCAUUGACCACCUUGAUGAGUUUGAUAGGCUUUGUGAUUUGACAAAGAUCAAUGGUGUCUCUGAAGAUGCCAUCAAGCUGAGACUCUUUCCUAUGUCUCUAGCUGACAAAGCUCACCAAUGGGAGAAGAGCUUGCCCCAUGGCACAAUCACCACUUGGGAUGAAUGCAAGAAGGCCUUUCUUGCUAAAUUUUUCUCCACCGGUCGCACAGCCAAGCUUAGAGGAGAGAUAUCCAGCUUCAUCCAGCGAAACAAUGAGACAUUCGCAGAGGCUUGGGAGAGGUUCAAAGGCUACACAAGUCAGUGCCCACACCAUGGAUUCAACAAUGAAUCACUACUCUCCACUCUUUAUAGAGGAUGCUUGCCUAGGUAUAGGGAGAUGCUAGACACAGCUAGCAAUGGGAACUUCCUCAACCAGGAUGUAGAUGAUGGCUGGCAACUUGUGGAGAACAUAGCUAACUCAAAUGGAAGCUAUGGAGAAGAGUAUGAUCGCACCAACCGGAGCUCGACCCACCACUCGAUCGAGUCAGACGAAAAGUUGAGAAAAGAUGUUAAGGCAUUGAAUGAGAAGUUGGAUAAGCUGAUCCUAGCUCAGUCCACAAUGAAGAAAGUCAACUUUGUGUCUGCUGAGGAGAUGGAACCAGUCCAAGAAGGGGAGGAUACACAAUUUGCUGAGGUAUGCUACAUGAGCAAUGGGCAAGGAGGUUACAACAAAGGAUACUAUAACUACAAGUCCAACCCUGCUAUGUCAUACCGCAACACUGAUGUUGCUAACCCUCAGGACCAAGUCUAUCCUCAACAACAAGCAGCUCGAUCGAGUCAAGGACACAACAAGGGCUUCCCCCACCAACCGCCCCAGCCUGCACCUUCACAAGAGAAUGAGCUCAAAGCAAUGCUAAAGCAACUACUUCAAGGGCAAGCUGAUGGGGUAGUGGACACAAGCAAGAAGCUAGCUGAAAUAAACUCUAAGAUCGAGAACCUCAACACAAGGGUUUACUCUCUGGAGAAUCAUGCUUCUUCUGUUGCUGCUGCUACAAAGCAAGGACAACUACCUGGUAAAGCUAUUCAGAACCCCAAGGAACAGUGCAAGGUCAUCUUCACUCAAGAAGGACUUGUUGAAGAAGAGGAUCAAGAAAGGGUCAUUGAAGAUUUUUGUUUACUGCUGAAUGAUGAAGAGAUUGUUGCUGCUGAGGCUCCUGGAGUCCAGAUUGAUCAACCAGAAGUGCAUGCACCUACUGUGGCCAUUCACACUUCACCAGUUGAGCUCGCACGACAAGCUCGAUCGGCAGCUCGAUCGAGUCCAACUCUAGCUCGAUCGAGUCCGACCUCUUCUGUCCGACAGCCUGUUUUGCUUGAUCCCUUAUCAACCAGUUGCCGCUUCCUCGUCUCGCCUACUUAUGAUAAAGUUUCAGAGGUCCUACAAGAGUCUACUCAUCAGUUCAACCUGCUUACUUCACCCACCUUCCUACCAAAGGUCAAGGAUCAAGGGAAAUUCACUCUCCCUUGCACACUUGGGCAUCUUGAGAUUGACAAUGCCUUAGUGGAUUCUGGAGCAAGCAUCAAUCUGAUCUCUCUCUCCAUGGCAGAGAAGCUAGGCAUAGCUGGAGCCUUGCAGCGCCCUACUACUUCAAUCAUCUUUGGAGAUGCAACUACUAAGUCUCCUCUUGGAGUGUUCAAGAACUAUCACUUGAAAAUUGGAGAAUGCAUCAUCCAAACUGAUCUCACUGUGAUGGAAAUGGAAGAAGAGAAGGAUUUGCCUUGUUAUUGGGAACCCCUUUCCUUACCUAGAGGUUCAGACUUUUGUGCCACAAUUGACAGUACCAAUCUCAGUUCUAAGAGUCAUGGAGCUACAAAGGUUGUGAAGGAAAGGGUUGACAAGGAACCAAGAGUUGGGAAGGAUAAGGAUGAGAGAGGACCAAGGAUUGAGAAGCCACGUCUUGAGAGGGCUAGAGUUGAGAAACCACGAUCUGAUAGGCCAAGAGCUGAGCGACUUGUUCAAGCCCCUUGUGUGCUUGAUGAAGAGAGCCUUCAAGCUUUGUUUGAUGAGCCACUAGGAAGGGCUCUACAAGAAGGGGAGGAUGCAGCCUCUAAGGCAAGACCAGGAGAUAAAAGAAAGGAUCCACCAGCUCAGGCCCCUUCAGUCAAGCCAUCUCAGCUCACAAUGACUUUGUUCCCCACCAAGUUUGAAAAUGGGAAGAUUGAGUACAAGAUAAGGUACAAGGGGAGAUCAAGGCCAUUCUCUAGAGCCAAGGCCAUAGUGACUUCAGAACAGUCCAGGGACCCAACCAAGCUAAAGGAGCUUCUGUCUCAAGUCCUCACUAUCACCCUUGAUGGUGGGACUAGCUCAACCAAUGCCUAA